AUGAAUCAAGAAGAAACUACUCAAACUACAUAUGACCGAGUUUCUCAAGAAGGAUUAGAUGAUGUCCCAGGUUAUUUAAAUAGCGAUAUGUUUAAUGAACGAAUUGAUUUUAAGAUGUUUAUAGGUGGUAUAUCUUCGUACUCAAUUCCUAUAAAUGCUAAAUUAAGAUUCGAGAAUAACAUAAUUACAUACCUUAAAUACUAUAUUGGGGUUAUAUUUAUAUUAUUACUUCCAACAGAGUUUUUAUCAUUUAAAUUCUUUUUCAUUGAAUCAGUGAUUAACAUUGCCUUAUAUUUAUUCGGAAAUAAAUUAUCAAAAAGAUUCUCUCAAAAUCCAACAGUUUUUAUUUUACUUUAUUUAUUAACAUUGUUUACUCUUUGCUUGUGUGUUAAUAGACUUAUUAUUUGGUUACUUUACUUGAUAGCAAUUUCUUUUUGCUGUCUUCAUGCUUUAACAAGAAUUCAUGUAGAAGAAUUUUUCACUAACUCUAUCUAA